CCAUCACAACAGAUUAUAAUUUCCUUUCAAUGCCUUGUGAUGUAAACCAAUUUUUGUGAGAGCCGGGUUAGCCGUGAAACAGAGUACUUUUCUUUGACGUUGCAUGGUUCCGUUUUGUGGUGUAUGUGUUUUGCAUUUAGAUUCGUGAUUUAUAAAAGAAAAUAUUGGUUUAUAUUGAGAAGACUGUUGCGGAGACAGUGUGGACUUUGUAUUGUUUAAACGGGUGCGUUUAAUACAGUUCUUUACAUUAAAAUUGCACUGAAACUGAUUUUGUAAAUGUAUAAAUUUACGACAAGUAAUUUUUCCGCGAAAAUAUUCUAUGAAACAAAGGACUGAAUGAAAUUUUAUGAAAGACUAGUGAAAGAAGAUUUCAAAUACACCAAUCGAUAACGCACUGAAUGAAACCUCGACAAUAAUCGACACGCAACAGAUUACCGCGUCUCUAAGCAAUUACAAGAAGACUGAUUUUGAGUAGAAUUAUCUAGAACACCUUCCUAUCGAUGUGUCGGUAAAGCUCGACGCCUCAAUAAGGCAAAAUGUUUAAGUUAUUAGGAGGGUUAAGUGUUUACUUCAAAUACCAGCCGAUCAGGACUGACAAUGCGGUGUUCCGGCUGCAUAAUGUGUUCACGACGGUGUUGCUGCUCACGUGCUCCAUGAUCAUCACCGCCACGCAGUAUGUGGGCCAGCCCAUCCAGUGCAUCGUCAGCGGCCUGCCCGUCAAUGUGGUCAACACGUUCUGUUGGAUCACGUCCACCUUCACCAUGCCAGACGCCUUUGCGAGAGAGGUUGGCAAGGAGGUGGCACAUCCCGGUAUCGCGAACGAGUACGACAGCACCCAGGACAAGAAGUACUACACGUACUACCAGUGGGUGUGCUUCGUGCUGUUCUUCCAGGCGAUAAUGUGUUACACGCCAAAGUUCCUGUGGGACGCGUUCGAGGGUGGCCUGCUGCGCACCAUCGUGAUGGGGCUCAACAUCGGGAUCUGCCAUCCUGAUGAGAAGGAGAAGAAGAAGGAUGUGCUCAUCGAGUACCUCAUCAGGCACGAGAGGACCCACAAGCUGUACGCGCUCCGCUACUGGGGCUGCGAGCUGCUGUGCCUCAUCAACAUCGUGCUGCAGCUGUGGAUGAUGGACAGCUUCUUCAACGGGGAGUUCUUCUCGUACGGCACCAGGGUCCUUGGGUACAGCGAGGUGCCUCAAGAGGAGAGAUACGACCCAAUGAUCUACAUCUUCCCUCGCAUCACAAAGUGUACAUUCCACAAGUUCGGUGCGUCGGGCAGCAUCCAGACUCACGACAGCCUCUGCAUCCUGCCGCUCAACAUAGUCAACGAGAAGACCUACAUAUUCCUGUGGUUCUGGUACAUCAUACUCGCCGUCAUACUGGCUCUGCUCGUUAUAUACAGGCUGGUGAUAAUCUUCGUGCCGUCGGUCCGUCCGCGGCUGCUGCACGCGCGCUCGCGCACGCUGGCCAUGGAGACCGCCGUGCUGGUGUCGCGCCGCACCGACAUCGGCGACUGGUGGCUGCUCUACAUGCUCGCCAGGAACAUCGACCCGCUCAUAUACAGGGAGUUGAUAUCGGAGCUAGCAAAGCGCAUGGGUGAGAAGGCGGGCUCGCGCGCGUGACGUCAGCGGCCAGCCGGCGCCGGCGUGGCCACGCUGCCCGUCUGACACUCGCCCCCACCCCCGCCCCCACUCCCAAUCCCACACCACUCAGUAAGUCGCUACUGACAACUAUAUCUAGUAUAGUUCCCAAAUUACAUGUAGCCUACAGAAACGCAGUCUGUCCAGUUAUGAAGCUAAGAAACUCUCAGGAGCCGUCGAACUACUCAAUAUAUUAAAGCCAAUUUAUAGAUAAACUUAGAUUUAGAUAAAGCGUCAAAAGAUAUACAGUGAUCUGCCUAGUUAAGGUGCAUUGUCUCACUUCCAAGUAAAUGUAGUUGAUACAGUACCACAAAAUAUAAGUUACAUCGGCUAUAUUCCGUAGAUUGCCGAUCACACACGAUUGAGCACGAAGCUGAUUGGUCGACGCUUCGAUGAAAGGCGACAAUCGUCCAAUCACAAUGCGGCCUGAGUCUUUAUUCAUCAACACUGACCUUGCAUCAAAACUAUUUUAGAAUUAAAAAGCCUCUAAACUUAUUAUUUUAUGGUACAGUAUAUCGUAGAGACGAGAGACUAAAUAAAGCCUUUAACCCACAGACUCUGUGGACUGUCUACUAUUAAAACGAUGUGAUCAGAAGCUAUUGCUAUGAAUAUAAUGUUAGUUUUAGUAUUUUUCAGCUGUAGUCGACUAUAGUCAAUUACUUGCCUAACGUCGCUGUUUUCAUAACAGAAAUACUCUAUUAAGAAGUGCAUGACAUGAUAACAGUUAAAUAUGUCUUUAUUGGAGGUUGUUUAAGUAUACAUAGGUCGUAAUUGUAAUAAAUUCCAGUUUAAUUUAGAGUUCUAUCAUGUAUUUAUGUAUUUUUUAUAGACUUCUCAAAUACUAAAAUCUCUUUACAAACUGUAUCGAAUACAUUUUGAAUUAUUUAUCUGUUAAGCUAUUUCAUUGUUUUUUUAAUACUUGUGAACAACGAAUAAUUAGUUAGAAUUCGCAACGUUCUUCGAUACACCUUUACAUUAUGGAAAGAUGUAGAAGUUUUUAUCGAUCGAAUUUGGACAAAAAUCUUGUAUAUUUUAAGUUUAGUUUUCUGUAGUCAUACCUGGGUGUAGCAAUCACUGCCAUUGUUUAUGCGUAUCACCUUUUAUAGCAUAUCUCAAGUAUGUGUAUUUUAAUUUUAAACUUGGUUGUGUAACUUUUGAGCGACACAAACAAGCAAAAUAUAUAAAAAAUAUGUACAAAUAUCAAAGUUUCAGAUCAUGAUAUUCUUCUUGUUUUCAUAGAACCCCACAAAACCAUAAUUACAAAUGAAUUAAGUAUCUCAAGGUACCAUAUAUCAAGUUUUCUCGCGGAAAUUCGUGCAACUUGUUUGCCAAAAAAAAGACAUUUUACUAAACAGUUUUAUGCAUAUCAUUUAAGUAGUUUUUUUAAUAAGUUAACUUUAUAAUAUUUUUAUGUUUUGUAAACGUUGCAUUACGUCUUGUGCGAAGACUGUUCAAAGUUAAUGAUUGCUUAGCUUUGACAGCGCACUCUGUUGACAAGAUUGGGAAACAUCUUUAACAGAAAUAAGUGGUAUUUAUGUAUGGUAUACCGAUCUGCUAGUGUCAUAUCAGUCUCAAAAUAUACAAUCUCAAUCAUAUCAUAGCACAAAUUUAUUUUAGAAUUUAAGUAUGUCAACUUUUUUCUCUGGAAUUUACUUUUUUUAAGUGUAAUCCCUGGUCCCUUGUGUAAAGGCACUUUUAAGACAAAAACAGAAGGACUGGAAAUGUAUGGCCUUAAUGUAGCAUUGUAUGUAAUCUAUGGACGUGUAUGUAUGGAAAGAGGUUUGUAUGUAACUGUUAUAAGCUCGAAUAAGUAAAAGUGAAUGUUGUGUGAAGAAGGUUGUAUAUCUUGGUUUACAUACGUUGGAUAUUUCCAGCCACUUUUUAUAUAACUUAUAUUGUAACUUUCGUUGUAGUUUUACAAGACGACAGUGUCGCCCUCUUGGCGGCCAUUCCAGAACGUAACGAGUGUUGUGAGUCUCACCCGACUGGUCGGUGUUCAAUUUUUCUAAUUAAAAUAUAAACUCUGUUAUAUUGGAGUGGAUUUUUUAAGGUUUUUCGCUAUUUUGCGCGUUGACAGUUGACAUUUUAGAACAAUUGUUAAGUUUUAAUGUGAUAUCAUUUUGUAAUUGUUGUUGUGAUGUUGCUUUACUAUACGCGAUCAAUCAUGAGAAUAUUUAUAUUUCUUCUUAUUCAUAAAAAAAGCAUUAUAAAUCGUUUGAAAAGGGCUUUUGAAUAAGGUAGAUUAGAUCGCUACGAGUUUAGCAGUUUGUAAUUGUCUUUAAACAUAAUGUCAUAAUUAGAUUCAGUAAAACGAACCAUAAUCAUCUUUUAUACAUUCCUUCUUAUCUUUGUAGAAUCUAUGUGAAAAGCGCAUUGAGUUUACCUUUUUUUCUUCACAGGGUUGUCCAACCAUAUAAAUAAAUCUUAAUUCUAUAUAAUAUACCUGCAGAGUAUUGUAAAAUAUUUGUAUCUCUUUUAUAGCAAAAGUAUGAAUUCUCCUACUUUAUAUCUCAUUUAUUUAUUGAACUCUGUAUUUGGACAACCCUAAUAUUAUGUUCCGCGACCACAUUUUCAUGUCAUUAUAUCAUCUGUAUUCCAACACUCAAUAUUAUUUAAGUAUAGAAACUUUUUAACGUGACACUACGAUUGGAUCUGGGCUAAGGACUGAGGUCCUUGUCAUUAUUAGGCCUCCUUAAGUAUAACAAUUCAAGGGAAUAUCUCAUAUACUCGACGCCAUUACCCUCCUAAGAGUAGCGCCAGAGCCAUGUAAGAACCUCUAUGGGUCAAUUCAAAGUAAUUUUAAACCAUAUCUACAUAUGUCAAAAGUUCAUAGUCAUUUGAACGAGCUGGCAAAGAUUCGCGGCGCCGCGCCAGCGUCACUUGCAUUUACAUCCGCUGUGAGGAUUGACCUUAUCUAUGAUAUAAGAUUGAAAACAUGAUUAAACGAAACUUAUAGGGGUUUGUUCAUUGACAGGCGUCGUUAGGGACUAAAUUCGUUUGAAAAACAUAGCGUGGUCUCGUGUUUUAAAGACUAAGACCUAUGUGAUGUUAAAUCACUUUCCUUUUGUAAGGGAAUCUAUUAGUAGCUAAGUUUGAUAGGUUAUUAUUUUGAGCGAUAGACCGAUUGUGCAACAUUAUAACUGUUAUACCUCAGAUUAAUCACAAAAAGUGUUUUAGGGUUGUCUGUAGUCUAUUUUCUUUUUAAUUCUAUUUAGCAAGAUACCUCUGAAGGGAACACCAUGUUCGUUUUAGGUACUUCUAAUCUUUGCCUUUUUUAAAAAUAGACUGCAGACUAAAUUAUAUGUCUCCAAUAGUAAAUCAUAAAAUUGUAUAUCUCCAUCAACUGUUUAAGCAACGCUCAAUAAACUGCCAUAAAACAUAAUUAUAUAAAUAAAUAUAUAUUAUAAUAGAAACAGUAAUAUUAUUUGUAUAUUUAGAGUUUGUAUCAUACAACUUUUUGGAAACAAUAAAACAAUCUAUAAAGACAUUUCAGUCUUUAAUAUAAGAAAAGUAAACCUUAUUUCCAUAACUUAAGGUUUAUUUUAAAUACUUUUAUCAGUAGAACAUUUUGAAAUGUCUCAUUUACAGUGUAUGACUGCAUUUUAAAAGACAGAAUGUAAAUAGUUUAUAAGAACAUUAUGUUCCUAACUGGCGAUUAAUUUUAGUAUGGAGAUUUAUUUAAGACGAACUUAUGGAAGUACGUAGAAGUUGUUGCUUUUCUAUUUUUCCAAGACUUGUGCUGUUCUGAAGAAUUGGCCACUUUGUAAGUGCAAGAAAGAUGACACUAUACACGUAGAGUGCUAUCUCUUUUCCACUUGUAUAAGAAUAUUUAUUAUUUAAGCUCAAACCAACUUUAUCAUCAACAUAUAAUUAACUGCCUUGCAAUUCUUUUUCGUACAUUUUGAAGGUGAAAAGCAACACUCCUAUUUCUUUAUAGUGAGUCGAAUUAUAACAACAAAGUGUCAUGCAAUUAAGUUGGUAUUGUAAACAAUAUCGAAACAGAUUCAUUUAAAAUUAAUUAAAAUAGUUUAGUUUUAAUUAAAGAAGAAGCAUUUAUUAUAGUUUAAUUGUGUUAUUUAUAAUGUACCCUGUAUCAUACGGAUGUAGGAUUACGAUAUUAUUUUUAAGAUUUAGUUUUAAAUGUUUAUUUUUUUGUAUUAUCCGAUUUAUUUUUAAUGGAUGGUAAUAUAUGGAACUUUAAUAUAACUGUAAAAUUUGCAUUUUUUGGUGAUUUUGGACACGAUGCAAUAAAUAGUAAAAAAUAUUGAAAUACCUUCAAUUGUUGCAUAGUUUGCAUAUUGAAAGAUACAUUUUGACAUAACUUUUUACAUUUUGUAAACAAUUGUUUCUGUAAAGCACAAAGUAUUGCAGGAUUUCUUAUGCAAAUAUACUCGGGCAAAGUAAAUGUUACUCUGCGGCUGUAUCGUGUCCAGAAUGUAUGUAGCCAGUGCUCCUCUUUGUAAAUUAUAUAAAAUGCAUGUUUACAAGAUUAUUGGACAGUGAAAUGAUAAAAUGUAACUUAUUCUAAGUAGCUGUUACGUGAUGUUUCAUUGUCAGAUGAAUUAUACAUAUAUUAUUCUUUUA